AUGGCGCCCACUGGCACUAUCAGCAGUACUGCACCGAAACGGAAAAGACCCUCAUUCUCGCCUCCACGACCGGGGAAAUCCAAAGCCAAAGCAGACAAGGCAGGCAAGCCUCCUGCUGCCAGCGGCAAAGCGACUGCAGUAAGGAAAGCUCAGAAACCAAAACCACGGCCGCAGUCUCGGCAAAAGCAGGGACAAGGACAGAAACAACAACGGCGCCGCGGGACGGCAGGAACUAUGAGAUCGAUAUUGGGAGAAGAUGAAUCCGAGGAAGAAGAAGACGAUGAGGGAAAUGAUGAGGACGACAGUGACAUUGACAAGGCCACACAGGCAUCUCGAGGCCGAGGCCACCGCCGGUCAGUGGUAACGGCGGAUGAGGAAGACGAGGACGACGAGGACGACGAGGACGACAAGGACAACGAAGACGAAGACGAAGAUGAAGAUGAAGACGAAGCGGAACAAGCAGAUGCAGACGCAACCUCAUCGUCCCCCGAACCAGAUUUCAUCCUGGCCGAGAUCACUACGAACAACAAAUCAACCACGAGUAAUUCGAAUUCAAUUGUAUCGGAUCCUUCGAAUCCCGUCAUCCCUUUACCUCUAAUCCACCACAUUAUGCAAGCGCAAUUUACGACACCUGAAAAGACGACCGUUUCGGCGGACGCCCGUGCCUUGUUCGGCAUGUAUAUCGAGAUCUUUGUGAAGGAGUGUAUUCGACGGUGUGUGGAUGAGAAGAAAGAUAGGGAGGCCGCUGGGGGCGCUCAAGCUAGCGUGGGCGUGGAUAGUGGAUGGUUGGAAUUGGAGGAUUUGGAGCGGGUGGCUACGCAGUUGUGUUUGGAUUUCUGA